AUGGAUGAUAAGAAGCUCAAUUUCGACGCUCCGCUGCUCUCCAUCCGGCGGCUCUCCGCCGAAGCUGCGGCGGCGACGGCUCCGUCGUCGGUGAGCGAGAAGAAGCUGACGUCGUCGCCGCCGCGUAGGUUCUCGCUCCCAUUCUACAAGUCGGAGUUGAAGUCCGGUCCGGUGAGCCACCCCGGCGCGGUGGCCUUCGUCUGGGAGAAAUCGCCGGGCCACCCAAAGAACGGCUGCUCAGGCGGGCCGCCAUUGGCCGGCAGCAGCGUCCGCACUCGCAAAGCUUCCUCCUUUCCGACCAAUGAUGGCGAGGCCAGCAAGAUGGAGGGGGAAACAGAGGAGCUGGACAGCCGGCGACUACAGAGGACGCGAACAGUUUUCAAGACCGCCGCCGCCGCCGAUGACGACGACGUGUUUAUCGACGCGCCGGAGACGCUCUCCCGGACAGAGUCGCUCUUGAUGAACUGCAGCAUGAGCGGCCUCAGCAGUUUCCGGGAAGCCCCAAAGCCCUCGGACGCCGGCGACUACAUGAUAUCGAGGUUCUUGCAGGCGGCGGAGGCGCUGGCCGACGACUCGCCGCGGUUCACCUUCCGGAAAGCUGCCACUCCAGCCCGAGAGCCGCCAACGAGGGCCGCCGACCGGAUCGUGAGCGACAACCUCAGAAAAUCCCCUCUCCUCCAGCAACGCAAGCUCAACGAUGUCGUCGACGACGACGACCAUGAUUCCGGUGGCCGCCUUCGCUCGAGAGGUUGCGGUUUGCUUCCCAAAAUUUCUCUCAUGGCCUCUCUCUGCCUUCUCAAUCCGUUCGCCGGGCUCAGGAAACCAAGAAGAAGAGAUGCCAACUCGCUCCACCAUUUUGUUGACGAGGAAUCACUGACCAGCCGUGGUACUUCACCAUAUCGACGACGAUCGAACGCCGGAGGUCUCUCUCCAUCAUCGCCUCUGCGAGAAGGGAAAGGCUUUCUCGGAGUUCCAAACAGCGGCAAGAUUAAGGGCGGCGGAAGGGGAAACCCACCGGAAUUGAAGAAAACACCGGCACUCCAUGACGUCUCCAGUCCGAAUCGGCACUGUGAAUUCGAGAGCAACGUUAGUCCCCUGCAAUCGCCCCUCCUGGCGCCCAAAUCACCUGCUGAAUCCUGGCUUAUGAACACGUUGACUUCUGUGGCACCACAGAGCCCCAGACCGCAGCCGCCAUUUUUGAGGGUUCACGUCAAGCAGACAAUCUGGAAGCCAGUGCCGCCGGAACCGAACGGGAAGAAGAGGCCUUCGAAGCCGCAGCGUCGCCGUUCGCGACUUGCAGAGGUUGUGCUUUCUUUUCCUUUCCGUGCUUGACGGAUCUUGGGCUGCGUUUUGACUUCAAUGAUCAGUUUCUCGGAA